AUGGAUAGCAUAAUGAGCAAGCUUCGGAAUCUCGAUGCGUAUCCGAAAAUCAACGAAGAUUUCUAUAGUCGCACGCUUUCCGGCGGUGUUAUCACUCUCGCUUCCUCCAUUGUUAUGUUCUUGCUUUUCUUCUCCGAGCUUCGGUUGUAUCUUCAUGCUGCUACUGAAACUAAGCUUGUUGUAGAUACUUCUAGAGGAGAAACGCUGCGUAUUAAUUUUGAUGUUACGUUUCCUGCGCUAGCGUGUUCUGUAGUCAGUAUCGAUGCCAUGGACAUAAGUGGAGAGCAGCAUCUGGAUGUAAGACAUGAUAUAAUCAAGAAAAGAAUAGAUUCUCAUGGCAAUGUGAUAGAAACAAGGCAAGAUGGAAUUGGUUCUCCCACGAUUGAGAAGCCCUUGCAAAGACAUGGAGGCAGACUUGAGCAUAAUGAGACUUAUUGUGGAUCCUGUUAUGGUGCUGAGGCGUCAGAUGAGGAAUGUUGUAAUUCCUGCGAGGAAGUUCGUGAAGCAUAUCGAAAGAAAGGUUGGGGACUCUCAAACCCAGAUGAAAUCGACCAGUGCAAAAGAGAAGGAUUCUUAGAAAGAAUCAAGGAAGAAGAUGGUGAAGGGUGCAAUAUGUAUGGCUUCUUGGAAGUAAACAAGGUGGCAGGGAAUUUCCAUUUUGCUCCUGGGAAAAGCUUUCAGCAAUCUGGUGUACAUGUACAUGACAUACUGGCUUUUCAAAAGGAGUCAUUUAAUUUAACUCACCACAUCAACAGAAUAGCCUUUGGAGACUAUUUUCCUGGUGUUCUAAAUCCUCUUGACCGUGUGCAUUGGACGCAAAAAACACCAAGUGGGAUGUACCAGUAUUUUAUUAAGGUUAGUACUCUAGAUUUGUGUGUACUGCAUACUAGUUUUAUUCUGCAGAGGUAA